AUGGAUGGCGCGAAGCGUGCCAGUAGAGGGGAGAAGAGGAAAGGAUGCAAAUCCCGUGGAUCGGGCAAGCGCAAACAACUUCAGGCCUUUCAGAAGCAGAAUUCAUCUCCACCGAUGAGCUGGCCCAAUGAGCAGGGCGAAGCUCCUUUCGAAAUUGCCCCUGCCGUGAGCAACUUGGAGCAGGAGGGCUCAGGAGGCAUUUCAGACAUGUUCUCGGCGCCGAUGAAGGUGGACAUGAACAUCGCAGAGACCAUGGGAGGAAUCUUCGGCGACGACACCCCGUCGGGGGACGGCGAACCCUCCAACCACCUGGCCCACGGCAUGCAAGGGCUGUCGGCCAGCCCCCAAGGACCGCCGCAUUCUGAUCACCAGUCCCAGCCCUUUGAUCUCAGCGAUCCGUUCCAGAGCACGAUCAUCGGUACAGACGUGGAGGGCACAGGGGGGUGGAGGGUAGAGUCUCCGCAGAAGCAGUCUCCGACCUCUGGGCCUGCCAGUUCGAUCGGGGUGCUCCAAGCUCCUAUGUUUGAUGACAGCAGCAUGCUCACCACACAGAGCGACGGGAUGCAAGGGUUUGCAGGGUUGGGAAUCUUUGAUGGGGAGGAUCAAAAUCAGCAGGCAGAGGAAAGUGGGCACAACGAGAUGGCAGAUCUGGGGGGAGUAGAGGCUAACGGUCUCCAAGAGCAGCCCUUCGCCAUGCAGAUGGGAGGAGGCGAUCAGUUUCAGUACCCGGCAGAUGCGCCUGAAGUCUCCUUCGAGUUUCCAGUAAUGUCUGCUACCGAAGUCCACCAGCCUCCCGUCGUGCAUGAGCCAGCCGCCACGCAAGACGUCCUUCCUACUGAAGACAGCAUCGCUGCCAUGUUUGAGGCCAUCGCUCCUCCAGCUCCUCCUCCUGCUCAUCCCCCUGCUCCCGCUCAGGCCGCGACCUCGCCCGCUUCCUUUGACGAGAUUUCCCACCAGUUUGACAUGCCCAGCUCAGCUCAGCGUGGAGAACUUAACGCCUUCUCCUUUCCUUCGGCUGCUCCUCCGUCUUCCACCGAAAAUGCUGGCUGGGAUUUGUUUGACGCUCCUGCUCCCACUCCUGCUGCUGCCUCCGCUCCUGCUGCUCCCACACCUGCUCCUGCUGGUGGCCACCAUUCAGAUGGGCUGGACGCUUUUGCGCUGCAGGAGAAGCCUUUCACGCAAGGCAAGGAGGAAGUUGAAGAGGACGAGUGGGGAGAGGUGGUUCAUGACAAACCGAAACUGAUGGUAAAGAUUCGAACUAAGGACGAGAUCGCUGCAGAGGCCCAAGACAGCUCGAACGCAUUGUCUGCCCUGGCUGGCUCGUUAGGAGCUCCUCCGCCAGCAGGAACGAACAACCGACGGUCUCGGAGAGGGGCUGGAGCCGCAGGGCCUCAGAGAGAGAUGGCUCCUCCUCCGACUCCUCAGCUCCUCGAGACCCCACAGAGGGAGCACCACCAGAGCUCGCUCAGCACGUUUGAAGUGUCAGGAGCACCUCAUGGCAUGACCUUCGAUGCCAUGCAAGGAAUCAGCUUCCCUCCUCCCGCCCAACAGCCCCAGCACAACCUGCCGCCAGCUCAGGACAACCUCGGCUUCGCGUUCCCGCAGACUCCGGCGCUUCCCCCGAGCGCGAGUGCCCCGGCACCGCACGCUUCGAGCGAGCAAGAGAAGCUGCUGAUGAGGCGGGUGGAGGAGCUGAGCAGAGCACUCGAGAGUGCGAGAGAGGCUCAGAAUGCAGCUGGUCGGGAGCUGAGAAGGCUAGGUGCUGAGAACUCCCAGCUCAAGUCCAAGAACGAGGAGCUGGAGGCUGCAGUGAAGCGGGGAAGCAGCGGCUUGAGCAGAGACAACACGAGGGGAGAGCUGGAGGAGAUGCUGAUUGAGGCCAAGCUGAGGAACGCGGAAGACGCCAACGAGAUCAUGCAGCUACGACGCAAGGUUGCCGACCUCCUUGCAGACAAGGGGCUGAAGGACCCAACCGUCGGUUCGCAUUUCCUCUCCUCGUCUCUCUACCUAUGCAUGAUCUCCUUCUUAGGUGUGCUCAGGAUACAGGCACUGGGAGAGAUUGGAUUCAGCACCGGAGAGAUCCUGGAGAUUCCACUCAAGAGUGGUGGACAGGGAGGAAGCAGCGUUCCAGCAACCCCCGCCUCCUUUGCUCCUUCGUCUGUGAAGGCGACGCCUCUGAAUAUCAACAAGUAUCUAGAGGAAACGAGAGCCAGGACUGGCGCUGGGCAGGCAAAUCAACAGGCGGGAAGCUUACUAGAUUUCUCCUGA